CUUUCCACAAAACAUUUUUAAAAUUCAAAGCAAAUGCUGUGCAAAAUUAGACGCACGUGUGCAAGACAUGAACAUUAAAUGUAAUGGACUUUAACGAAGGUACCGCGCUAGGUGUAUUUAAUUGUAAAUUGUGUGAUUUGUCAAGUCCGUACACUUUUUACGGGCAGAAACCACCAAACACAAGAGCCAUCGUCCUCUUAGAAGAAUGUUAUGGCAUGAGAGACCCGUUCAGCCCAGAAAGAGAAAAGUUCCUGGUUUUAGGAUCUAAAUGCAGCUUGUGCAAUAAGAAUGUGUGUGUUGGACCGGACUGCAGUUUGUUCUACACCAAACGCUUUUGCUUACCAUGUGUGCGAGAUCACAUCCAUCAGUUUCCAGAACAGAUUCAGACCGAGUUGGCGAAGAAAAAAAACGUCCAGAAAACAUCCUCUUCAUAAAUGUACAGCUUCUAAUUGAUCAUACAAAGGACAAUAAUAAACUAAACCAUCUUUUCAGAUGUUAAAAAACCAUACAUGUUAAAAUUCUGUAAAUGUUUUUUAUUAU